GCUCCCUCCUCCUCCUCUCCUCUUCUUUUUCUUCUUCUCCUCCCGCUCUUCCCCCUCAUUUCUUCCUCUGCCUUCCGCAGCUCCGGGGUGGGGCUGGCAGAGCCGGCGGGCGGGGCCGGGCAAGGCGAGGGGGCGAUGCCGACUCAGCGCGAGAGCGGCAGCAACAGCGGCGGCGGGAACAGCAUGUCUCUCCCGGGCCUGGGAGGAGGAGGAGGCGGCGGGGGCGGCUCCGGGGGUCUCGGUGGCCCCGGCGGGGACAGCGCCCACCAAGUCCGCGUCAAGGCUUUUUACAAGGGUGACAUUAUGAUAACCUACUUUGAACCUUCCAUCUCCUUUGAGGGAUUGUGUAACGAAGUUCGAGACAUGUGCGCCUUUGAUAAUGAACAGCUUUUUACUAUGAAGUGGAUCGAUGAAGAAGGGGAUCCAUGUACUGUUUCUUCUCAGCUGGAAUUGGAAGAAGCUUUUCGGUUGUAUGAACUAAACAAAGAUUCAGAACUCCUAAUACAUGUGUUUCCUUGUGUACCAGAAAGGCCUGGAAUGCCCUGUCCAGGGGAAGAUAAGUCUAUUUAUCGUCGAGGUGCACGGCGAUGGCGAAAGCUCUAUUGUGCAAAUGGUCACACUUUCCAAGCCAAGCGAUUCAACAGGAGAGCUCAUUGUGCCAUCUGCACUGAUAGGAUAUGGGGAUUGGGACGCCAGGGAUACAAAUGCAUCAAUUGUAAACUCCUCGUUCACAAAAAAUGUCACAAACUGGUCAGCAUAGAAUGUGGCCGACACGCAUUACCACAAGAGUCUAUGGAUCCUUCAUCAGUGCAUCUUGAUAACAUGGAACCAGUGAUUCCUUAUCAUCCUUCAAGUCAUGAAAGUUUGGACCAUGUUGGUGAAGAAAAGGAGGCAACAAGUAUUAGAGAAAGUGGUAAAGUAUCUUCCAGCCUGGGUCUCCAAGAUUUUGAUCUACUUCGAGUUAUAGGGAGAGGAAGUUAUGCGAAAGUACUUCUGGUUCGGUUAAAGAAGACUGAGCGCAUUUAUGCAAUGAAAGUUGUGAAAAAGGAACUAGUAAAUGAUGAUGAGGAUAUUGAUUGGGUUCAGACAGAGAAACAUGUCUUUGAGCAGGCUUCAAAUCAUCCUUUUCUUGUUGGCCUUCACUCUUGUUUCCAGACAGAAAGCAGGCUAUUUUUUGUUAUAGAGUACGUAAAUGGAGGGGACCUCAUGUUUCAUAUGCAGCGCCAAAGGAAAUUGCCGGAAGAGCAUGCAAGGUUUUACUCGGCAGAAAUCAGUUUAGCAUUAAACUACCUUCAUGAACGAGGAAUAAUUUAUAGGGAUUUGAAACUCGAUAAUGUGUUGCUAGAUUCUGAGGGGCAUAUCAAACUGACUGACUAUGGCAUGUGCAAGGAAGGAUUAAGGCCUGGAGACACAACAAGCACAUUCUGUGGCACUCCUAACUACAUUGCUCCUGAGAUCUUGCGUGGAGAAGAUUAUGGGUUUAGUGUGGACUGGUGGGCUUUAGGUGUCCUGAUGUUUGAAAUGAUGGCAGGCAGAUCACCAUUUGAUAUUGUUGGAAGCUCUGAUAAUCCUGAUCAAAAUACAGAAGACUAUCUUUUCCAAGUUAUUCUAGAGAAGCAAAUCCGUAUCCCACGAUCCCUUUCUGUGAAGGCAGCAAGUGUUCUAAAAAGCUUUCUUAACAAGGAUCCAAAAGAACGGCUAGGUUGUCAUCCUCAAACAGGGUUUGCAGACAUUCAGGGACAUCCGUUUUUUCGUAACGUUGAUUGGGACCUGAUGGAGCAAAAGCAAGUGGUUCCUCCCUUUAAACCAAACAUAUGUGGAGAAUUUGGUCUGGACAACUUUGACUCCCAGUUCACGAAUGAGCCUGUUCAACUCACCCCUGAUGAUGAUGAUAUUGUGAAGAAGAUUGACCAGUCUGAAUUUGAAGGCUUUGAAUAUAUCAACCCCCUUCUGAUGUCUGCUGAGGAAUGUGUCUGAUCUCCCACUUCUGAACUGUGCCAUUUGUCGCUGACACAUUUUUCUGCAUGGAUGAACAGUUUGCAGUUGGGGUGCAAUUAAUAAAAUGCAUUUACCUUUGUCAUUUGCUAUCAAAUACGAACUUUUCACUAACCUGCUAUAUAAGCUGGAUGCUUUUUAUUUGACUAUAAGGAAAUCUAAAACACUAAAACAGAUUUUGCCAAAGUUGAACUUGAAACAUCAAGGCAACCAUUUUCCUACAGGCUGCCUAAUGUGAAAUAGAGGAUGUUGCCACCUAUUCCACUUGAAAUGUAAUGCAGCUCUGGGUUCAAAGUGGUCUAAUUAAAGAGCACCUGCUUGCAUUAAGUGAAAUUAACACAUCAAGUCCACCUGUCUUCAGUUUUACAUGUGUCUGUUGCCAACCCAGAGUAAAACGAGUAUGCUCCCUAAUUCAUUUGAAGAACCCUUGCUAAACCUGAGUUCUCAGACCUGGCUAAGAAGCUUACUCGCAUUGGUGAUGAUAAUGUGUUAGACUGAAAA